AUGCCAAGAAAGAACAGAGGGGCAUCACCACCUCCUCCUACAGGAGGAUACAGAGAGGUGAAUGAAGAAGAUCCAGAUGCAUGGCCAUUGUUGGUGGCGUUUGAUCUAGACUAUACCUUAUGGGACUUAUGGAUUGAUACACAUAUAAGUCCGCCUUUGAAGAGACAGGGCGAUGUAUUGAAUAGACUAGUUGAUCGUCGGGGCCAAGAUCUAUCAUUUUAUAGAGAAGUCCCAUCGAUACUUGCCGAAUUGAAAAGAAGGAGAAUACAUAUCGCCGCGGCAUCAAGAACGAGUGCACCUGAAUUAGCGAGAGAAGCUUUGGGGUUGUUAUUGAUGCCUUCUGAAGAAGGUGGGGAUCACGUUAAAGCUAUAACGUAUUUUAACACCAUGGAAAUAUAUCCGGGCUCGAAGUUGAAACAUUUCAAAGAGAUACAUCGCAAGACCGGUAUACCUUAUGAACAAAUGCUCUUCUUCGAUGAUGAACAUCGUAAUUAUGAGGUCGAAUCAUUAGGAGUAACCAUGCAACUUGUUCCGCCUAGUGGAACUGAUCGGAAAUUAUGGAAUGAUGGUUUGACUUUAUGGAGGAAACGGAGAGGUGUAAAAGUUGUACAUUAA